AUGACCCAGACACCGAAGCCCUCAUCCACGACACCGAGGGACCCCAUUGACACGGCAGCUUCCUCGACACCACGCCCGCCGCUGCAGCGAGUCGCAGCGAGCAACGCCUUCUACUCGUCGCAGACAUCCAUCGCCUCUUCGCACGACGCCGAACCUUUGACAGACCAAGAUGACGAGACCUCGGCCACAGAGAGCACAGAUAUGAGUGAGGACGACCAGGCUGCACAUGGCCGAGGUGGUGCAGCGACAGCAGACCGGCAGGAUGCAUCGCCCGACGAGAUGGAGGUGGAGCGUCUGCGCGCACUCCAGCUGCAGAUGCUGCAGAAACAGCAGCAGCGCGCGCGCCAGCGUGGCCUGCCCAGUGGCAUUGUGCCCAGUGUUGCGGGUGCCCGGAGACCGUCGCCCAUCAAAGAGGAGCCCAUGGCCACCAUGUCGCCCACGCUGGAAGGAGCUUUCAACAGCCCGAGCCCACUUCCCACGGCGCAGACCACUUCGACCGAAUCGACAGAGUCUGCGCGAACAAUCCGUGGAAGCGUACCCCCGACACCUUCAGGACAUGCCCUAAGAACGCCCUCCUAUCCUUUCCCCACUGUCCCGGGCACUCCUCGGUGGGCUUCAACAUUCCACCAGCCAUUCACUAACCUUUCGCCGACCGUGUCCGCUAUUCAUGCGAGGGACUUCAUGGCGCCGUCGGAAAGAAUAGCUUCAGAGACCAGUACCCCUGCCGCCUCGAUGACUCCUUUCGCGCCUGGCCCAAGAACACACCAUAUCACAGAAGCCGAAGAUCCUCGCUACCCAAGUCCCAACCUCUACGAUCUGGUUCUGCGGCUGAACGCCGAACCGGGCCUGCCUGCCUGGUGGACCACCGUUACUGCAAUCAUGCGUGAACACUACGGCGCAAAUCGAGCGACAUUGGCAGUACCAGCGGAUGCCUCAGAUAUUGAGAAUGUGCCCUGGGGUCAGAAGACUACUUACACUGCGACCGCAGAAGAUGGCAGUCCUCGUGCAGCCAUGUACCAAGACCUUUCGCAGCACAUCCGAAAGGGCUCAGUCGAGCAAACUUUAGGCUUUCAACCUGGUGAUGCGCCAGAUAUGCCACCCACACCAUUCAUACCAGAGAGAAGACCAAAGCUCUUCUCUCGUCAUUCUUUCGCCGGACAUGAACGCCAGAAACAACAAGCGUCACCAGAAAGCCCGACCCCAUCCAUGUUGAGUCGUCCGCACGGCCCACUGAGAGCCUCUCCUGCUCCAUCUCCCGCAAUACAGAACGACCCCGAGGACAACCCCUUCUUCUCGACAGGAAAGCUAGACGAGGAAACCUUCAAUCCAUCACGCACACCACAAGACUACACACAGUAUGGUGCAGUUGAAGCGAUUGGUGUUGAUAGAGCCAGCACUGUGACUCAUGUACCUCUUGUCCAUCCCACAUUGUCGCAGGCCAUGCAUCCAAAUGACGCCAACACGCCUUCGCAGACUCCUUCCAUGUCUCGCAGGCAAUCAUCUCAAUCUAUCCCAAGCAGCUCACAGCUCUCAGACGAUCACAUCCGCCGAGCACCGAUUGCCAUCCUUUCAAUAUUGUCGGCAAUCGUUCCUUACCCUCGCAACCUUACAAAUUCCCUGAAGCAUCUUGGACCUCACCUCGCAACGUCUUUCUCCAAUGCCUGGCAAUUUACCAACACCCAGAUGCAAGUGGCCUCCAUCAGGCAGCGGCAGACAACAGGUAGCACUGCUGGUAGCAUUUCUUUAGGCGCGGAUCAGCAUAGCCUGGACGAUCUUCUUCACCUGAAUCUCGAAAAUAUCUCGACCUCAGCAGCUGGAAGUGUCACAAGCCCAUCCGAUUAUUCUGGACGCUCAAGACAUAGCCCUGGCGGGUCAAUCGCAGGAACCCCUGGAUGGGAUGCUUCCUCUCUAGGAUUUUCGAACAAGCAUUCUUUUAGUAGCACGCCUGGUCACAUCACUGGUAGUGAAGCUGUUGAGAGCUAUUUUGAUGCAAGAAAGAAGACAAGUCGCGCGCCCGCUCCAACGUCUGCCACUGCGCAAGAGCAGUACAGUCAAAAGUCGGAGAAGCGGCAUUCAAAGCGUGUCACUGUCAAUCCGAUUGCCGAGAAGAGUGAAGAUGAUGUGCUUACUCCACGCAAUGACAUGACUGCGAAAGAGGAGGGUUCAGCUCAGCAACCUCGUCAACCAACCGGGCCUUCAGAUCGCGGCCAUUCGCUCCUACACUCUUAUGGAGCCGACUUCACGUCCUCGUUUCAGUCACUACCGGCGGCAACCACUCCGGGUGGACGUCCACCCCCGACUCCGGGGCAUGUAAGGAGAGGAUCUAUAACCGAGACUUUUGAUAUGCCACCGCCAUCAGAGUCUCUUCUGCGCACAAUCAUCGAUUCCCUACCUGUGCAAAUCUUCACGGCUGCUCCCAGCACGGGCGCGAUCACAUGGGUCAACUCCAAGUUUCUCAUCUACCGUGGCCAAGACUCUCGCCAGGUGCUCCAGGAUCCUUGGGAUUCGAUCCACCCAGAAGAUCGCAGCUCGUACCUCGAGCAAUGGAACAAAUCCUUACGCACUGGCCAACAACUUCAGCAAAAAGUCCGACUGCAAAGAUUUGAUCAAUGUUAUCGGUGGUUCUACGUGCGUGUUGCGCCAUUAAGGAACAAGCGUCAGCAGAUUGUUCAUUGGAUCGGUACCAAUAUGGACUUCCACGAGCAGCACACGGCCGAGCUCAAUUCGGCCAAGCAACAGGAAACAGCCGCAUCCGAAGCCAAAUAUAGAGCACUGGCUAAUUCUAGCCCCCAAAUUGUUUUCGUGGUGUCUAACAAGCGAGGCAUGACCUUCUGUAACUCACAGUGGAUCACCUUCUCUGGCCAGUCCGAGAGUCAGGCGCUAGUCAGCGGGUUUCUGGAGCACGUACACCCCGACGACGUUAUCAAGUGCAAAUUGCCGGAACUCAGUGAGGAUGGCGCUGUUAAUGUGCCAACUUCUAUGCCUCCGGAACAUGGACGAACGGGAUCGUCGUCAUCCUCCUCUGACGGUUCUUCAGAGACUGAGAGAACAGUCACAAGCCCCAUAGGCCAAUCACCUGAUCGAAUGGACAUGCCUCAGGCGAAAUUAUCCAAGCUAGCAAGCACUGGCAUCCUUCGGGUCACGAAGGAUGCUCAUGGUCGCUCGUCGUAUUCUACCGAAGUUCGGUUGCGCAACAAAGACGGCGAGUACAGAUGGCACUUGGUGCGGAUACUUCUCGAAAAGUCUCUAGCGGAAGACAGCGAAGAGGAGACAUGGUAUGGCACGGCCACCGAUAUCAACGACCAUAAACUGUUGGAACAGACGCUGAAAGAGACUAUGGACGCCAAAUCCAAGUUCUUGAGCAACAUGUCUCACGAGAUAAGAACUCCACUAAACGGUAUCUCUGGCAUGGUCAACUUUCUGUUGGACAGUAUCCUCAAUGCUGAGCAGCUUGAGCACGUCAAUAUCAUCAAGUCUAGCACGGACAGUUUGUUGAAUCUUAUCAACGAUAUCCUUGACUUGUCAAAGGUUGAAGCUGGUAUGAUCAAACUGUCAAUGGAAUGGUUGCACCUACCAUCAUUGAUAGAAGAGGUCAACGAUUUGAGCAUGGGCCUUGCUAUUCAGAAAGGACUUGAGCUGAAUUACCUGGUGGACGAGGGCGUGCCCUCUAUGGUCAAAGGUGACAAAUUCCGCAUACGUCAAGUGCUCCUCAACGUCGUUGGCAACGCCAUCAAAUUUACAUCCAGCGGCGAGAUCUUUGUGCGAUGCAAAGUACAAUCGCCCGAGCGUUCAGGUCCUCUGGGAGACAAUGAAACUGUGGUCAGAUUCGAAGUCAUUGACACUGGUCGUGGUUUUACCGAACAGGAAGCGAAAUUUCUCUUCAAAAGAUUCAGCCAAAUCGAUGCCAGCAGUACUCGACAGCACGGCGGCACAGGUCUCGGGUUGGCAAUCUCGAUGCAAUUUGUUGAGCUACAUGGAGGCAAGAUGGACGCCCGCAGUGUACCUAACAAAGGGUCUACGUUCUUUUUCACGAUCAAAUUCGGACUCCCAACCGAAGAGGAUCAUCCACCGCCUGCUGUAUCAACACCCGGAACACCAGCGAUGGAGCCCGUUAAAGUAAUUGCACCUGUCACGCCACUCACAGUGCAGCCAUCGCCUCUACAAAGAAUUGUGCAUCCCCAGGUCGCAGCCACAGCGCAGCUCAGCUCCAUCUCUCUCGUCUGGCAGUUCCGACCACUCUUUGACCAGUGCGGCACUCACUGGGAAGUCAAGUCUGCGCUCCGAGAGAUCGUCAGCUUCUUCGUUCUUCCAGCAGUCAAGUUCUACCUCGGAAUCCAGUAUCAAUCUCGCACUCCCACCAAAACGGUGGCUGGGCAAGCGAGCAUUAUUGAGGCGCAAAAGAUGAUCGGCGGCGAUAAUCCAGUCCUUUUCACGCACGUUGUCCUCGUCCUCCAUGAUACUGCCGAGGUACACGCAAUUAUGGAUCAGGUCUUCAGCUCCAUAAACUAUGGCAACACUUCGGUUGUGGUAGUUUCGGAUCCAUCGCAGAAGAAAGAACUAAUCAAAGAGGCUCCAGUCUAUGACUAUGAACAAUUGCACAUCGACCGACGACUGCAGUUCAUCUACCGUCCUCUGAAACCCUCUAAAUUUGCAGUCAUAUUUGAUCCCCAAAAAGAACGCGAAUCAAGUACGGACCGCAAUCAAGAUAGCGCCCAGCAGGUUGUUGUCAGCCAGAAGUUGGUGUUUGAGGAGCUCAAGCGACGCGUAGGUGGUAAAGGUCACAAAGUUUUACUUGUUGAGGACAACAAGAUCAACCAGACAGUGGUUCUCAAAUUCCUCGCGAAAAUCGAUGUCGAGACUGAAACAGUCAUGGACGGUGUUCAGUGUACUGACACCGUUUUCGCAAAACCACCAGGCCACUACUCCAUCAUUCUGUGCGAUCUGCACAUGCCGAACAAGGACGGCUACCAGGCAUGCAAAGAAAUCCGAAAAUGGGAGAAGAAGCACGGAUACCGACGCACUCCCAUCAUUGCCCUCUCCGCGAACGUUCUUGGGGAUGUUUAUGCCAAAUGCGCGGAAGCGGGCUUCAACUCGUAUGUGACGAAGCCCGUUGAGUUCAAACAGCUCUCCAUCGUCAUGACGAAAUUCUUGGACCCCGCCGACCCCUCCAAACCUCCCGAAUUCAUGAAGUCGAAGAAAUAG